AUGAUGAAUGCGUUGCUACUGAGUUCAGGAUUACCCCAGAACAUGUGGGGGGAGACUAUUUUGACAGCCAACUAUAUCCUAAACAAAAUUCCACUCAAAGGAAAAGACAUCACUCCUUAUGAGUUAUGGAAAGGAAGGAAACCAUCAUACAAAUACCUCAAAGUGUGGGGGUGUUUGGCGAAGGUGAUGGUUCCCCUGCCCAAAGAAGUCACAAUUGGACCUAAAACGGUUGAUUUUAUCUUCAUUGGAUAUGCACUUAACAGUAGUGCAUAUAGAUUUGUUGUUCACAAGUUUGAAAUAUCGACUAUCACAGUAGGAACAACAAUCGAGUCAAGGAAUGCCGUAUUUCUCGUGCUUGUGCUUGUGCCCGUUUCCUUGCACUUUCCCUUGUCCUUGGACUUGGACUUGGAUCUUGGCAAUUGGUCUUUGGGUGGUCUUUGGGCUGUUCUUUGGGCCUGUUCGUGGGCUUGGCCCAAGGCUAGUGGGUAUCGUAUGGUGUUUGGUCCAUUUACCGGGAAAGACAAUCAUGGUUGUCCUAUUGCGUUUGGAGCUGGUUUCGUAUCCGGUGAGAAUUGUGAUGCAUUUUCAUGGCUUUUCACUGUAUUUGUUGAAUGCAUGGGUGUUGCUCCAAGAAUCAUAAUCACUGACCAAGAUUGGGGAAUGAGGCUUGCCAUUGAGAAGGUAUUAUCUGGUACAAGGCAUCGUUUGUGCAUGUGGCAUAUUGUGAGCAAGUUGUUUGAGAAGAUACCUAAAUCUAUUUCUAAUAGAGAAAAGUUUAGUAAGGAGUUUAAGUCUUGUGUUUGGUCAGAGUUGUUAGAUCCGGAUGAGUUUGAUAUAUUAUGGACUAGUAUUGUUGAAAAAUAUGGUGUAGAAGAUCAUAAAUGGUUUAAGGAUAUGUUUGCUAUUAAACAUAUGUGGAUCCUAGCCUUCUUUAGAGAUGUUCCUAUGGGUUCUUUAAUGAGAACAACAUCUUUUUCAGAAUCUGAAAACAGUUUUUUUAAGAGGUACUCGAAACCGUUGUUUAAUUUUGCUGACUUCACUCUUCAGUAUAAUAAUGCCAUUGAUGCUCAAAGGAAUCAAACUGAAAGGCUUGACUAUUAUGAUUCUGUAAUCACUCCAAAAUAUGUCACUGAUUUAGCAUUUGAGAAGCAAUUGAUAUCUGUAUACACAGAUAGGAUGUUUAGAGUGGUACAAGAAUUGAUUGCUGAGGCUGAUAAGAGUUGUCGGAUGAUUAGCAUGUCCACAUUGGAGAACAUCGAGGUCUUUAAAGUUUCUGAUGCUAGAAAGAAGACCUUUACAGUUACACAUGAGAUAGAGACUGAGUCAUAUGAAUGUGAGUGUAAACUAUUUUUAAGGUGUGGUUAUCUAUGCAGCCACCUUUUCUUCAUCCUCAGAAACAAAGAUGUCAACAAUAUUCCAGAGAAAUAUGUUGGUAACCGUUGGCUUAAAAGUGAAUUACUAAAGGCAGUUCAUGGUCUCACGAGUGAUGAAAGUGCGUCUGACAGAGGUUCUAACAAAGAUGACAAACUACAGAUUGCUAACAGGUGUCAUGGACGUUACUUUGGUCUAUAUCAGCGUGCUUUUAGGAAUAAAGAUCAUUUGAUUGCUUUGGAUAAUUUGCUUGCGGGUAUUGGUCCUCAAAUCUUUAAAGAUGACUGUGCUGGAUCGUCGUCUGUUGAUAAAAAUGAUUCAAUCAUGAAUAUAUAUGGUAUUGCUGUACCUGAAGAAAUAACUGUCCAUGCUCCAGAUGUGGUUAGUACAAAAGGAGGUGCAAGUGACAAGAAAAGCAAGAUUAAGUCAAGCAUAGAGAAAGCAAUUGAAAAAGAAAAUAAACCUCAUAGGUGUUGUGGAAAGUGUCACAAAGUUACUGAUCAUAAUGCUAGAAGUUGUGGCAGAAAGCAGACAUGA